UGUGUAUAUAUGGACCCUUUUUCUAUUUAAACUGAAUAAAUUUAUAAUAUAUAAAAUAGUGAAAAGGUUAAUUUACUGAUACGAAUAUCCAAUAGUGAAAGAACUCCUGUGUUAGGUUAACAAAGGUCCAACACCGAUUAAUUUGUUGGAUGGAUUUUGGGAUUCUUUUACUGAUAAUAAGUCUUUACUUAAAUAAGAAAAUCUAUAACUGUUAUUGUAUGAAUUUUUUACACAGAAGUUUCUCUUUCCUCAGUCCACUAAAGAGCAUGGUUACGGAGAGUCCCUUAGUCGGUAAAACACUAUCCUCUGAAGCGUUGAGUGAAACUUUGACCACACAUAAGAACGAAAAAACAACCCUUAAGAAACUUCUCGGAGAACUGCCUCCAGACUACAAGGGCUUAGUUCUGUUUCUCUUCCCUUCAGCUGGAACUCCAGGAUGUACAAAACAGGCUUGUAACUUUACCAGUAACCACAAAGCUUUCAAGGAUAAGGGCUAUGAGGUCUACGGACUAACUAGCUCAGAAAGAACUCCAGCUGGGAAGUGGACUGAGAAGCAUAAACUUAGUUUUACAACACUGGUAGAUAAGGAAUUGAAGCUCGUAGACCACCUUGAUUGCAGAAAACUUGGUCUAUUUGUGCACAGGUCCCACUUGGUCCUUUCAAAGGAUGGAAAGGUUUUAGCCUUCGAGAAGGGGGUUAACGCAGAAAAAUCCGCAUCUCGUGUUUUGGAACUUUUGGAAACGCUUUAAAUUAUUUUAAUACCCAGUUUAAUUUUAAUAUAUUUUCAACUA